UAAACUUUGACAGCCACUUAAAAUUCGAGAUAAUUUAGGCUUGAGGAUUGUAUAUAUUAUUUAUUAGUCUUUGUUAAAAUUCCUGUUUUUUUUUUUUCUUAUUUGCAAUUUUCCCUAAAAAUUACCCGUUAGAUCGAAAAACUUCUCCACUCUAAACUUUGACCAAAAAAAAAAGAAAAAGAAAAACAGAAGAUGAGAAUCUUUGCGAUUAUUUUGGUUCUUCUUUUGCAGUUUCAGCUUCUCGUAAUUACUACCAACUGCUCCAGUCUAGAAAUACAGGAAGAACAUAACCACAUGAAGGUUGUGGAAAAUAAGCAGGUGUAUAUUGCAGCACUCCGUAAGAUUGGAGGUAGGGGAAUAACAGGUACUCACGCCAGUAGAGGUGGUCACGGUCUUGGCGAAGGAGCCUCAACAACUAAGGAUGAAGUUGCAACUGUAGGUGGACUCCGAAACAGUAAAUUUGUUGAUGUAGAUGUUGUGGCUGCAGGAGCUGGAAUCGCAGCUGCAGAAGAAGCUGCAAUCGCGGCUGGAGAAGGAGCUGCAGUCGCGGCUGCAGGAGAAGCUGCAGAAGGAGCUGCAGCCGCGGCUGCAGGAGAAGCUGCAGAAGGGGCUCAUACUGCUGCCAAUACGGCUGCUGCCACUGCGGCUGCUGCUACAGCUUCCGUGGCCAGUGAAGCAAGAUCAAUUAGUCCAAAUGCACCCUUUGGGCUCACUCUUUGUCUAGUUUUAGCAUCCAGUGGAUUAUUAUUGCUUCCUGAGUUUUAGAUUUAAGCCUAGCUACUAGCAUGUGCUGACUAAUAGUGAGUUAAUUUUAUAUUUUUUCCGUUGAUGGUUUUUCAA